AGCUAGCCAUGACGAAGACCUUUACGUGCGUGUACCACUUCCUCGUUAUGAACUGGUAUAUUUUCCUCAAUUAUUACAUCGCACAGCAAGGAAAGAAAUCCAAAGUCUUUCAAAAUGGUGGACAGUGGAAGUACUUGACGGUCCUUAAUCUGCUCUUGCAGGCCAUUUUCUUCGGGGUCGCCUGCCUGGAUGAUGUGCUGAAAAGAAUCACAGGAAGAAAAAACAUUAAGUUUGUAACUGCCUUCAGAGACCUGCUUUUCACCACUCUGGCUUUUCCUAUAUCGACGUUUAUAUUUCUGUCAUUCUGGACCAUCUUUCUCUAUAACCGAGAACUUGUUUACCCCAGAUCGGCAGAUGCCAUCUUCCCGGUGUGGCUGAAUCAUGCAAUGCACACUUCCAUAGUGCCCCUCUCACUGCUCGAAAUCGUCCUGAGGCCACAUCACUACCCAUCGAGGAAGGCGGGACUCACCUUGUUGGCCGCAGGUAGCCUUGCUUACAUCAGCAGGGUCCUGUGGAUCUACUCUGAGACGGGCAAGUGGGUGUAUCCUGUGUUUGCCAAACUCAGCCCAGUCGGUCUCGCAGUCUUCUUCUCUCUCAGCUUUGUUUUGAGCGCCAGCAUCUACCUCUUUGGAGAAAAGCUCAACCACUGGAAAUGGGGUGACAUGAUGCAGCCACGGAAGAAGAGGAAGUGAUCCCAUGCCAUUUUCCAAAAAUCAAGGAGGAAGAAAACACAAGAGUUUUUUGUUUUGUUUUGUUUUGUUUUGUUUUCCCCCUCUCUCCAUUUCUUUUAACUUUCUGGUUGGGGGAAGUAGAGGAGCAACAUAGGAAGAUAGAAACGUGCAGGGAGUGAAAUUUAAGUUCCAUAAGAGGAGUAUGGAAGUAGCUUCACUUGAGGACACUUGACUUUUUGGAAAGGUGACUACAUGUGCCCAGAGCAACUUCUUCCAUCCCAGAAUUUGUUACCUUGAUCUGACCUGCAUGCAGGAUGAUCUCUGGUGAAAAUAGGGCCAGAUGUCAAGUUCACAUAAAUUUAGUGUUGCUGAGUAUUGAGAGAGAGGGAGAGAAAGAGAGAGACAGACCACCCUUCACUGUAAAGAGAACCUAGGUGAGAUGUUACCUGGGUGAGGCCAAAGUUGGCGUCAAAACUAUGAUGGCUCCCAUCGCCCAGAUCCGACUGCUAGUCCUGGGCCAUUUUUAAAGCACCCCAAACUUCCUAGAAAAAUAAACAUUUUGGUAAGCUAGGUAUGUUUAUGAACUUCUCACCUAUUUUUUUUUCCCUCGACCUAGAAAUGUAGAGAGAGAGAGAAAUUAUCAAAGUUAUCUGUCUACCUGGUAUGAUAGCAAAUGAAUCAGAGCAAUAAGAAAAUAAAUUACUAAAAAUAAUGGGAAACAUUUCCCUAUUGGGAGCAGGGAUUCAUACACGUUGAAUGUGGUGACAUUGACAAAAUCUAGAUGGAAAAUGAUGUACUUAUGAAGACUGCUGAGAUUUUGCGAGGUUGAACAAAGCUGAUUAUUAGGUGAUUAGCUUGGAUUCAUGACUCCUGCUUUCAUUUUCCCUACUAAGGAUUGUUUUUGGGGGAGAGGCUUUUCAAAAAUUAUAAGUGGUUCUCAAACAGUUUGUGUGUGUGUGUGCGUGUAUGUGCAAAUUGUUGAAAUUUUUGCUUAGUAUAGAGUUGGUCUUCUGUGUACAAAUUUAACUGAAAAUGAAUAUUAAUGGAGAAUGGAACUGGGAAGGGGAGAAGGAGAAGGAAGACGGGUAGGAGUGUGGGUA